AUGUGGUACGCCGUUAAGAUACAUUAUAGAAAGGCCACCUUCCGCUGCCGCAUAGACCUCGAACACGAGACCUGCCGUGUGGAAGACUUGAAGCGCAUGGCCAGGACAGCUUGGCCAGAUCUCGUUGAUAGAGAUAUCAGACUUAUGUAUUACGAUGAUGAAGGGGCUAUCUGUCCGCUUAUCGAGCAGUCUUGGUCUGAUGCGGUGGAGCUGGGGGUUGAGGCUAAUCCUUCGAAAGAAUGGCACAACAGGCUCAAGCUUCAUGUAAAACUCCGCGAAGAUGAUGACGAGUCAACUCUGAACAAGCUCACUGCUGACGUCACAGAUGGUGGUGGCGCUACCGGGGAAGAUUCGAAGCGCCGAAUCACGGUUCUGCUCUGUGAUUGCGAGAAGGUUAAGCAGCUCUUCGAAAACUCGCGUAAUGUCACAGUUAGCUUUGGUCCAGAAUCGAACGACGCCCACGAGGACGGAGGGAGUAGCUUGACCACCGAAGAAAGCUGGCAGGUCCCCGCCGAGGAGUCGCAGUGACUUCAGUGAAAUUAUGUAUCGUCAUUCGUAUCUGUUCCGAUUCUCUCUCAUCGUAGGUGCCGAGACAUGUCGUCAGAUGCUCUGCUCAUUAAGGUGUGUGAAGUCAGAGAAUUGGCAGAUGUCGAGGUUGAUAGAUAGAGUUAUCCUAUAACUCUACCUUAUCUUGGAGUUAUUGAUUAUCAUGCAACUAUAAGCAUUCGAUUAUCUCAUUUUCUAUCAUCAAUAUAACUAUUUCACAGCUUG